CCCACCAUGAAAAUCAAAACCCUCUCCCGUUCUACCAGCGACUACCUGGCGCCCGGCACCAAUGUCGCCCGCGCGCCCAGGAACCUGGACCCGGCCAUGCACCCGUUCGAACGGGCGCGUGAAUACACGCGCGCGCUGACGGCGACCAAGAUGGAGCGCAUGUUUGCGCAGCCGUUCAUCGGCCAGCUGGGCAAGGGCCACGUCGACGGCGUAUACUCGAUCGCCAAGGACCCAGAGUCGCUCGAGCACUUUGCAAGCGGCAGCGGCGACGGCAUCGUCAAAGUGUGGGACCUGACGAGCCACGAGGAGCUUUGGCACGCGCAGGCCCACGAAAACAUGGUCCGCGGCAUGACGUGGAGCAGGGACCGCAAGCUGCUGAGCUGCGGCGCGGACAAGACGGUCAAGAUGUACGAUCCGUAUAACACGCCUGCCGCCAGUGCGCCCGUAGCCACUUGGCUGGGGAACAACGCUUUCACGGGCAUGUCGCACCACCGCUCCAACCCGGCCAUUGCCGUGUCUUCGUCCAGCCAGAUUUCCGUCUACGACACGUCGAGGCCCAUGUCCAACCCCACGCAGACGCUCGCCUGGCCCACGGCCAUUGACACAAUCAGCACCGUAGCAUUCAACCAGACAGAGACGUCGAUCCUCGCAUCGGCUGCUUCGGACCGCAGCAUCGUGCUGUACGACCUACGCACGUCGUCGCCGCUCUCGCGCAACGUACUGACGCUCGCCUCCAACGCCAUCGCCUGGAACCCCAUGGAAGCAUUCAACUUCGCCGUCGGCAACGAAGACCACAAUAUCUACAUCUUCGACAUGCGCAACAUGAAGCGCGCGCUCAACGUCCUGAAAGACCACGUCGCGGCAGUCAUGGACGUGGACUGGUCUCCGACGGGCGAAGAGCUGGUCUCGGCAUCCUACGACCGCUCCAUCCGGCUCUGGCAGCGCGGCGCGGGCCACAGCCGCGACAUCUACCACACGAAGCGGAUGCAGCGCGUGUUCAGCUGCGCGUGGACGCCCGACAACAACUACGUGCUCUCUGGGUCCGACGACGGCAACGUGCGGCUGUGGCGCGCCAAGGCGUCGAGCCGGCAGGGCGUCAAGUCGGCGCGCGAGCGGCAGAAGCUCGAGUACGACGACGCGCUCAAGGACCGCUACAAGCACAUGCCCGAGAUCCGCCGCAUUGCGCGGCACCGGCACGUGCCGAAGCAGGUCAAGAAGGCGGGCGAGAUCAAGUCGGAGGAGCUCAAGGCGAUUAAGCGGCGCGAGGAGAAUGAGCGCAGGCAUACGCGCAAGGGCGAGACGCGUAGGCGGAGCGAGCGCGAGAAGAUGGUGCUUGCGAACCAGGAGUGAGUGAGUGCAGAGGGAAAAGGAGUUUUUGUGCGUUGGAUUUGUCUGGCUUGAUUGCACAGCGAUGGCGUUCUGGCGCGACGGGAAGAGGGGGGCUGGUGGGACGGUAUCAGAUAGGAAAAGUCAAUGGACAAACGAAACCAGGAACGGGCUUCAGUUGGAUUCGUGUCCUCGAUGCUUUGUAUUUGGCUGCUGGGCGUUAGCAGCUUUUGCUGGCCUGGAAUGUACGAGGGCAAGUUCACUGCCAUGUCAGAACUACGAAAUUUCACUAGGGAGGCGAGUGAAGCAAGCAAGCAAGCAAGCAAGCAAGCAAGCAGCAGCCACCGAACCCGUCCAUCUGUCC